AUGGCUCUGUUUAAUAAUGUUUUACUCAUCGGCGCAGGCGGAAACUUAGGUGUCCCUGUCACCAAAGCAUUCCUCAAGACUUCAUAUCACGUCAGCAUCUUGAGUCGCCAGGAAUCGACAUCCACAUUUCCUGAUGGCGUCAUUGUAUUCAAAGUAGAUUACAAAGAUACAUCCGCAGUCACGGCUGCGAUGAAAGGCCAGGACGUGGUUAUUUGCAUGACUGGUGGUAUAGCGGCCGGAGAUCAGAAUGUCUUCAUCGACGCUGCUGUCUUAGCUGGUGUUAAACGAUUUUUCCCUAGCGAGUUUGGCCCUUAUUCUUUCGAACCUGGGCUGGCCGAGUUGAACCCUUGGCUAUUCCCGCACAAGAUAGCCACAGCCAGGUAUCUACAAUCCAAAGAGUCACAGAUGUCCUGGACAGGGCUUAUUACUGGUGCCUUCUUUGAUUGGGCCAUGAAGACUGGGUUUUUCCAGCUAGAUAUCUCCACCAAGUCGAUCAAUCUAAUCGAUAAUGGCACUGCGCAUUUCUCCGCCACUACCCUCUCAACAAUCGCCAAAGCUCUGAUCGCCUGUUUGGAUCAUGCCGAGGAGACCAAGAAUCAAUACGUCUUCAUUUCAUCAUUUGUUAUUAGCCAACAGGAUAUAUUGGACGUUGUCGAGAGAGUUGACGGGCACAAAUGGAACGUGGAGUAUAUCACAUCCGACUGGAUCAUCGAAAGAGGACAAAAGAGGCUUGGUGAAGGCGACUUUGCCGGUAUUAAGGACUUGACCAAUGGUGCAGCGUUUGGUUAUCGGGCCAUGGGCAACGUAUCUCACAAUAGACUAUGGAAUCAGAGAUUAGGCUUGCCGAAGGAAGAUUUAGAGCAGGCUGUCAAGGAUGUCCUAUAA